GCUGGGAUGAACAUGAGUCCUGUGUCUCGACUGAAGAAAACCUGGAGUAAAGUCAAGACGGCAAAGUUCGACAUCUUAGAGCAUCAGAUGGAUCCUUCCAGCAAUUUCUACAACUACAGGACGGCUCUGAGAGGAGCCACGCAGAGAUCCAUCACCGCCAACAGCAGCCGAGAGAAGAUCGUCAUCCCUUUCUUCAGCCUGCUCAUUAAAGACAUCUACUUCCUGAACGAGGGAUGUGCCAACAGGCUGCAGAACGGUCGCAUCAACUUUGAGAAAUUCUGGGAACUCGCCAAACAAGUGAGUGAAUUCAUGGCCUGGAAGAAAGUGGAGUGUCCGUUUGAGAAGGAUCGUAAGAUCCUGCAGUACCUGCUGACGGCCCCCGUGCUACCUGAAGAUGCUUUGUAUCUGGCGUCGUACGACAGCGAAGGUCCUGAGAACAACAUGGAGAAGGACAGAUGGAAGUCUCUGAGGUGUGUAUGAACAAACGCACACGCACACACACACGCACACACACACACACACACACACACACACACACACACCCUCAGGAGUUUUAGAUUCUUUCAGUCUCGACUGUCAGCCCACAUCACCCCCUGCCUCCUCACUGAUCAGACUCACCCAGA